GAGGGCCCAAAUUAGAACUAUAAAUUCUUCACAAACCCUCACCGCAAUUUUUUCGUCCUUAAACUUUCUGUGUAGCGGCACUUAUCUUCUUCUAAUUCUGGUGCACCAAGUGGUGAAAAAUGCAGAUCUUUGUGAAGACCCUGACGGGCAAGACUAUUACCUUAGAGGUAGAGUCGUCGGACACCAUUGACAAUGUUAAGGCUAAGAUUCAGGACAAGGAAGGCAUUCCACCAGACCAGCAGAGGUUGAUUUUCGCAGGUAAGCAGCUCGAGGAUGGACGAACACUAGCUGACUACAACAUCCAGAAGGAGUCCACCCUCCACCUUGUCCUUCGUCUCCGUGGUGGUGCAAAGAAGCGUAAGAAGAAGACUUACACUAAGCCUAAGAAGAUCAAGCACAAGAAGAAGAAGGUUAAGCUCGCUGUCCUCCAGUUUUACAAGGUUGAUGAUACUGGCAAGGUUCAGAGGCUCCGUAAGGAGUGCCCCAACGCUGAAUGUGGUGCCGGGACUUUCAUGGCUAACCAUUUUGAUAGGCACUAUUGUGGUAAAUGUGGGCUUACCUAUGUUUACCAGAAGGCUGGUGGUGAUUAGAUGAGUGUUAAUUUGCUUAUUGCUUUUAGAUUUUGCCCACAUUUGUGUCCCUAUACUCUCCUUUAUUGUCUUGUUUGUGACAAGAUGUAAUGAAUUUGAAUUAUGGGAUUAUCUUUACAGCUUAUAAGAAGCCAAGGAUUUUGUCAGCUAUAA